UGGAAACGCACACCCACACCGAGCAGUCGGUCGAGUAGUCGCUUGUUCCGCUCCGUCUAACUGUAUUGUAUUGUUAAUAACAACCCAAAGGAUUUCUUAAUUUUUUAUUUUUUUUUAAACCAUAAGCAGGAGGACGACAGCACACUUAACAGGUAACGUUUUUUUAAAUCAGCGCCUGUUUGUCAACUUGUCAUUUUGGCACAAACAUGACGGAGGUGGCACAGGUUACGGCAGUCGUUGCCCAAGACACUGAAAAUGACAAUGAACUCAGCAUGAGCGACGCAGAAAACAAAGAUGAUGAUACUGCACAGGUAGACGUGGCCCUUAAAGAAGACGACGACAACACUGAGGAGAAAAGUGAGACGAUGUCAGGCAAAGACAAAGAGGAAAAGGCCUGUCACGAGGAUAAUAAAGAAAGUACUGAGACAGACAAGCCACAUAUGAAUGGUGUGAAGCACAAAGAAAAAGGUUCAGCCGAGAUGGAAUCAGAUGCCGUUCCCGGUGACGCAGAGGAUGGAGAGAAGAACGAUGAACAACCGGAUACAAAUGAAGACCAGAAUAUGUCUGAUUUGGCAAUUAAAAAAGAGAAACUUCUACGAACCAGAAAGCCAAUCGCCCGAAGCUACGUACCCAAGCUGAACAAAGACAAGGGAGAUGUGACGAACAAGUUUGAGACCAUGCAGAAGGCCAGGGAGGAGCGCAGCCGGAAGAGGAACAACGAAGAGCAGCAGAAGAGAAAAGAGCAAUUUAUCAAGGAGCGAGAGUGGAACCGCAAGAAGCAGCAGAUAAAAGAGCUUCUUGCAUCCAGUGAUGAGGAGGAAGAGGUGAAACCAGUGAAGGUGGAAAAAUCGUAUGUCCCCAAAAUCACAGGUAGUGUAAAGGGGAAGUUUGCAGAAAUGGAAAAGCAAAGACAGGAAGUGGAAAGGAAGAGGAUGGAGGGGGAGAGGAAGAAAAGGGAAACCCAGGACUACAUGGAAAAAGCCAAAAUCAAGAAGGAACUGGCUCAGAAAGCAGCCGAGGAAGGAGAUGACACCAUCCUGGUGCGGGUGGUUCCAGCGAAGUCAUCACGAACUCCAGGAAGAAUCAAAAUGAACUUUGAAGAUAUCGAGAAGAAUCGGGAGGACGAACUGAAGAAGGCAGCAGAGGAGGAGAAAAAGAGACGGUACAUUGAAAACAAACACUCCUUCAGGGAAGCCAAGCGGCGCUCUGUUGUGCAGGAUGACGAGGAAAAGCCCUCAGAGAAGGUGCAGAUGGCUCCCGGAAAGCUGAAGAUGACGUUUGAGGAGCUGGAGAAAGAAAGGCAGGAGCAGAGGAAGAAGCUCGCUGAGGAGGAAUCCAAACGCCGCCUGAUUGAAGAGAAGAAAUCUUUUGAGGAGGCCAGGCUCGAAAUGGGAGACGAUGAGGAAGAUGCUCAGGCAUCCCAGGAAGACAAAGACGAGGUCCGACCGGGAAAACUGAGGUUGAGCUUUGAAGAGCUGGAGAGGCAAAGAGUUGAAGAAGUGCGCAAGAAGGCAGAGGAGGAGGCCAAGAGACGGAUGGAGGAGGAGAGGAGAGCUUUUGCUCAAGCCAGAAAGAGCAUGCUUGUCGAUGAGGACGACGAGGCGCUGAUGGCCUUGUUGAACCUGGAGGGCAGUGAACCUGGGAAGAUCUGUGCCAGUUUUGAGGAGCUGGAACGCCAGCGAAGAGAAGAAGAGCAGAAGAAAGCCGAGGAGGAGGCCAAGAAGAGACUGGAAGAAGAGAAGAGGCUUUUCGCUGAGGCCCGCAAGAGUAUGAGCCCCGGCCUGGAUCAAGAAAUGUCUGCAUAUGGAGAUGAAACAGUAGAAAAUGAGGAAGAAGGGAUGGUUAAGAGUGAGUCUCAGGAAGCAUUGCAUCCAGGAAAACUGGAGAUAAACUUUGAGGAGCUGCUGAAACAGAAGGCGGAAGCUGAGAAACGACGUAAAGCAGAGGAACGCAAAAAGAAAAUGGAGCAAGAAAAGCAGGAAUUUGAGCAGCUCAGACAAGAGAUGGGCGAGGACGAAGUAAAUGAAAGCUCAGAUGUCGUGAGCAAAGAAUAUGAAGAACUGACAAAGCUUAAGAGGACCGGCUCCAUUCAGGCCAAAAACCUCAAGUCCAAGUUUGAGAAGAUCAAGCAGCUGACAGAAGAGGAAAUUCAGAAAAAGAUAGAGAUGGAAAGAGCACGGAGGAAGGCGGUUGAUGAGGAAAUUAAAGAGAGAGAGACUGAGAGGUUCCAGGAGGAGGAUGAGGGAGGAGAAUCAACUCCACUCAGGGCCGAAGAAUCACCGUUCAAACAGAAGGUGGACAUGCGAGCUCGAUUUGAGCAAAUGGCUAAAGCCAGAGAAGAGGAGGAGAGGAAGAGGAUAGAGGAGCAGAAGCUGCAGAGGAUGCAGUUUGAGCAACAGGAGAUUGAUGCUGCGCUCCAAAAAAAGAAGGAGGAUGAUGGGGACGAGGAGGGUAGCAUCAUCAAUGGCUCUGCCGCCUACGAAGACGAGGAGGAUCACGCCAGGUCUGGGGCUCCUUUGUUUAAAAAGCCGCUCAAAAAUCAAUCGGUGGUGGACUCCGAGCCGGUUCGGUUCACUGUUAAAAUAACCGGCGAGCCAAAGCCGGAGGUCACCUGGUGGUUUGAGGGGGAGAUGCUUCAAGACUGUGAGGACUAUCAGUAUAUAGAUAGAGGAGAGACCUAUUGCCUGUACCUGCCGGAAACCUUCCCCGAGGAUGAGGGAGAGUACAUGUGCAAGGCUGUGAACAGCAGAGGCACAGCAGCAAGUACAUGCAUCCUCACAAUAGAAACUUAUGACUACUGAUGCCCUUCCACGCUCUGGAAACUUUCCCUGUUGUCUCUCACUCCCUUUGUAAAUCUUUGUCCCACAUGGUAUAGUAUGGUCAAACAGCAGAGGGAAGGAAAUAGCAGUAUGCUUGGCAUUCCUUAGGGAGGGACACACACACACACACACACACACACACACACACACACACACAUAAAGGCAAGAUGUUGUUUACAUAUUGCUCAUUCAUAAAGCUGCACUUCCUGUUAAGAGUAGGAUAAUAUUUGUGCCAAAAUCAGUUGUGAUUCUUCGUCCCCAUGCCAGGGGUUGCGCAAAAAUGUAAACUAUCUUUACUGAGAGGCCCUACUGACAUAUGUAAUAUCAGUGAUUAUUAAGUGUUGUAGUUCCGUAUUGAAAAUACAAACCCCAUUUACCGAAAAGUUGGGACACUGUCUGAAAAUUCAAUAAAAUACUAAGUGGUAUAAUUUGUUUGGGGGUGGGGUAAAGUAGAAUGUUGUAGUUUUUGUGUCACGGACCCGAAACCAGUGCAGGCGGUGCAGACCUGCGCUGCCAUUAUGAGUUCACGUACUAUCAAAGUAAUCUUUGAGACAUUAUUUGAAGGUUGAAAUCCUAAACUUUAAAUCACCAAGAGGAUAUAUGGCCUCCUCUUGGCUUCCAGUGAUUUUCUAAAUGUGGCUUUGUCCACCACAGUAGAAUGACGGUUUCGCAUACAAUAGUUCUUGCACAUUCAGCAGCAGUUUCUGUCCUUGGCCUUUACACACUGAGAUUCCGUGGCUCUAAAUGACAAUGUUGCACAGAGAAACAUGCCCUUUGAACUGACUGAAAGUCUCUCAUGAAGUUUGGUGCAAACUGUUGAGCCACGAGCCACCCUUGUGUGGAUGAAGCCUUCAGUAGAUACUCCUUGUUUACCUUGACACUGUCACUUGUUAACCUGGUAGUUGUGGAACCUUCCAGCACAGUGUUACUUGUAUAACCAUUUCUGUCUAGCCAGCUGUACCAACGUUUUUGAGUGUGUUGCAUUUUUAUACAAUUGUAAAAUACAUUUAGGUUUGUUCAAGGUGAUUAAACGGAUGUUUCAGUUUUUUUUUAUUGCAUUUUUAGGAAGUGUCCCAACUAUCCUGGAAAUGGGUUUUGUAACUGACUUUAUAGUCGUUAUAAGGCAAACCUUAUUUCUGAGUCACUGAGUGAAAUGUUAAAAAUCCAUGUCUGCAGAUUUUAAAGAAUAAUAUAGUGAAACUAUGCUCAUGUUUGGUUGUCUACAAUAUUACCGCACGACCACUACGUCAAUGCCAAUCAGUCUUCUGGACCCUUUCACUUGGUUCCUGGUAUUCGAUCAAGGGCUAACUCGGUGUUGGAGGAACAAACACAAUUGAACUUGUAUCCAUACUGAUUUUCAAUUUUAAUUUUAAAUCAAUUUUAAGUCAAGAUAAAGUUUUUUUUUUUAUUGCAGCAUAUUUAAAUUUGAAUAUGUUGAUUUUCCAUGCACAGACCCCCCUUUUUCUUUUUGAAUGUAAUUCUGUUGUUACAGUUGACAUACUUCAGUUGUGCUUGAAAGGAGGUAACCAUAUAUUGGUUUGAUAGUUUUAAAAAAAGCAUUAGGUUAGUCUAGAAUAUUUGUCAUAUGAAAAUGUUUUAAUAAAACAAACAAAACACUUCA